CAGUUUUGUUUGACAGAAGAAACAGUUGAAAUUAAACUCCACGACAUUAUUUUAAUUUUUUGACUAUUUUGUAAACAUUUUACAAACUUUCAAUGCUGUGGUUUGCUGUAUUGACCCUGUCCAUUGGAUUAUAUUGUUAACUAAACAAAAUUUCAUUCAUAAUUGCUAAGUGCCGCGUUUGUUAUGAUGGAAGUGGACAGUGUGGAAACUUGGAGUAAUAACAGUGGGGACAAUGGGAAAUUUGUGAAUUUGAAGGCAUUUGUGACUGCCGCUCGUGAAUUUGAGGCUACGCACAGCGAGAACUCCGUGAAUUUGAUGACCCGCUACCUAGGCCUGGUAGCGUCUUCGUGUGACUUGUCGGUGUUCUCGCCGGGGCGGGCGGAGGUGUGUGCGUUCUUCAGCUCGCUAUGGCGCGUCAUGGGGGACCCCCGCGGCCCGCACUGGGCCGGCCUGGCCGCGCUUGCGAGGGCCGCCGUGGAACCCAAUGCGAGAUACGCGCUUACACAUACUUACAAGUUUAUGCCAAUACUGGCAAGACUACUAUCCAACACAAUAUCAAAUGAGAAGAAAAUCAAAUUAUUAUCAGUGAUGCAGGACAUCUCUUAUGGUAUCAAAAUAACCUGGCAGGAGUCAUACCUCCCCGGUCUACUCAAACAGCUGACGGAGUGGAUCACUCAGCCGAUGACCGAUCCGCACCUACGCAGCAUCGGACAUCAAUCUCUGACUGUACUUGUCAAUGUCUGCCAUGGGAACCCACCAGCAAUACAUGCACUUAUGAGGACUGUAGAUACCAAGGAUUUUGUUGUCCAUCUUAUCAGUUUAAAGGACGGCGGCUACGGAGGCGUAGAAGUGUGCCGCCUGCUGCUCUGCCUGUCGGGCGCGCGCGCGGGCCCCCGCCACGGCGACGUGCACAGCUACCUGUGCUGCACCAUGCGCACGUUCAAGAAGGCCGUCGUUUCGCGCAACUUCAGUCAGCUGCUCCACGCACAGACUCUGAUGUCGGAGCUGUGUGCGGACGCGGCGCUGAGGCCCGCCGUGCUCGCCUACCCACACUACAGCACUGCACUUGGGGAGGCUCUCACGGAUGUGGAGGCCCUAUGCGGCGCCGGCGGCGACGAACCCGAUGUCGCGGCCGACUGUCUCACACACGCGCUGAAGCUACUCACACAUCUUGUUAGUUUGGACCUAUACAGCCUGCGCGGCCACCACUGCCAGCUAGUCCGCCUGUGCGUGCUAGCGAGCCGCAUUGCUCUGCCCGAGGCACUCGAGCUGUUUGCAGCUGUAGUCACGCAGUAUAGAGACGAAGGUCGUCUACCACAAGAGCUGAUAUCGGCUCUAUCUGACGGUCUGCCGGGGAUCCUGGCGCCGCCCGCGCUCGACCCGGGGAAGGCCGGCUUGCAGUGGUUACGCGUGAUCGGUGCGCUGUGCGCGUCUUCGGACACGCAGGAGCAGGUGCUGGUGAAGGUGGCCCCGGACAGCUUCGAGGACACCCUGUAUAGCGUGCUGCAGACCGAGGCGCAGAACGGUGAGAUAGGACUGGAGUCGUCACAACAAGCCGUGGUGGUCGCUUGCAGAGCAGUAUUAACUCUUGCACCUUUAUCCCAGGAGUGGGAGCAAGCACUCGCUAGGAUGCUGGCUCAUCAUCAGGUUCGAAAGCUGCUGUGUGCAGGCCUCUGCAGCAACAAGCCGACGAGAAGAAGACAGAUACUGCAGCUAGUCAAACACCAUUACUUCCCGUCAGAUCAAAUGAAUCAGGUAUUCGGCGAGUCGGUGUCCCCCAACGAGUCCACACACGAGGCGCCGCCCGUGUCGCCCGACGACGCCUGGUCGGCGCCCGUGUCGCCCGCGCAGGAGCAAGCCAUUGACGCGCUCAUUGAGAAACUCAACGCGCAGAAAGAUAAGAUAACGGACGUGGCGACGUCGAGCGUGAUGGAGCUAUACGGCUACAAGAUGACGUGUCUCGAGCAGCGGUUGCACUCCUACACCGUGGCGUUACAGGGCGCGACAGAGAACAUAGCCUCACUACAACACGCGGCCGCCCUGCUGCAGGCCACGGGCGCCGCGCAACAGCAAGUUUUAUACACCACGCAACUGCAGAACGAGAAACACAUGGCGACAAUCGACGCGCAACAGAAGCAGCUCCAAGACGCGGAGACAGCCGUCCGCGGGUUGCGAGCCAAGCUGGCGGCGGAGCGGGCGGAGCGGGCCGCCGCCCAGCACGCACUGCGCCUCGAGCUCACCCAGCAGAUGCAGACUUUUGAAAACGAGAUGAAAAUGCGAGAGAAAGAAAACGAAGAGAAAUUGAAACAGGCGCAAAUUGACGUGCAGACGCUAGAGAAGAAAUUGGAAAAACAGGCGACAAAGAACACUGAAUUGGCCGGCGUUCUAGUCAAGUUUGAAGAACGCGUGAAGCAGCGAGACAAGCGGUUAGAGGACGCGCACAACGCAGAAGCGGCCAUUAAGAAAGAUAAUGAACAUAAAGAGAUGACAAUAAAGCAACUCGAGAAGACGGUGCUAGAGCGAGAGAACAGACUCUACCAGGUGACCACGCAGCUCGAGGAGAUGAAGAGAGUUCAGGAGAUGGUCGCCAAGCUCAUGAGCAAGAGCAAUAAUGCGCCCAGCUGAGGACUAUAGUCUAUUUUUUUUACAAACGAG